AUGGCGGUUAUUGAUUUUCGUAAUGCUCUAGGAAAGUGUCAACUCAAGACUACCAUCAACAGUCUUCCAAGUUUGCUAGAUUCUUCUGUGAGUGAUGAAGGUGAAAAUUGGAGCGUGGGGCAACGCCAACUCUUCUGUCUCGGAAGAGUCCUGCUAGGAAGAAACAAAUUUCUAGUUUUGGAUGAAGCAACAGCUUCAAUUGAUUCAACCACUGAUGCCAUUCUACAAAGGAUAAUUAGGGAAGAAUUCUCAAAUUGCACAGUGAUAACUGUAGCUCAUAGAGUUCCAACUAUCAUAGACAGUGACAUGGUUAUGGUCCUUUCUUUUGAUAUGCUUCUAUUCCACCCAAUAGCUUUUGAGUAUUAUCUUCUUAUUUUUAAAUGUUUUGGUAAACACCCCUUGCUCCAAUAAAAAAAGAUCAAUUAUAAUAAUUUGAGGAUAAUUUUAUGAUACACUGUUUGAAAAAAUUUAGGUAAAACUUUCACUAAAGACCCAAAAAAAAAAAAA